AUGUCUGCACCACGAAAGAAAUUGUCUGGUGCUGCUUUUCGAAAGAAAAGAAGGCUCCAAGAAGAAGACACUUCUAAGAUGGCUGGAUCAUUAAAUAGGUUCUUUAAACCUGAUCCAGUAUUGAAAGCUGUAAGCGAGACUAAAGAGAAUCGUGAAGCUGUAGAUGUCGAACCGCACCCUUCUACUUCAACUACUACUGUGGGCGAACAUUCUUUGGGCAUAGAAAGUGAUACAAACACCGAGGAAGAGAGUUCACCGAAAUCAUCAUCAUCAUCAUCAUCAGAAGAUGAAAAUGCAAAAAGCACGCUGGCAGACCUCUUUGAUCCAGCUGACUGGCCUGAAAUGCUUACUAGCUCACUAAAAGAAACCAUCGUUCUGAAAGGUCCAGCAAAGCCAAAAGAGCACUUUGCAUUUCCUAAAGAUGCAUCCAAGAGACGGUUUACAUCAACCCACUAUAGACGGCGCCUUGGAAAUGGUGAAGUGCAUGUUAGAAAGUGGCUUAGUUAUUCUCCUAGACUGGACAAAAUAUUUUGCUUUUGUUGUAAACUCUUUACAACUACGAAAAUGAGCCUGACUACGGGAGGCUACAAUGAUUGGAAAAAUUUGUCCCAGUGUCUGGCUACACAUGAAGUGUCUCCAUCUCACCUCACUGCUAUGGGAAACUGGACAGAACUGUUAACAAGGCUUGGGUCUGGAAGUACUAUUGACCAUUCAUACCAAAGAUUAUUGGCAACUGAAACGCAGCACUGGCAGAAUGUUCUUCAGCGACUUGUAGCCAUUGUUCAAUAUCUUGGGAAGCAGUGCUUGGCCUUCAGGGGCAGCAGUGACACGCUGUACUCUGAAAAUAAUGGAAAUUACUUGAAACUUGUCGAAAUGAUGGCAACAUUUGAUAGUGUGAUGCAAAGCCACUUGAAAAAGAUACAGAAUUCAGAAAUUCAUCAACAUUAUUUAGGAAAAGACAUCCAAAAUGAACUAAUUGGUUUAAUUUCAAAAGAAAUACGGAGAUGCAUUCUACGGUUGCUUAAGGAUGCCAAGUACUAUUCCAUUAUACUUGACUGCACCCCUGACAUCACUCUUGUUGAACAGAUGACUAUGGUUUUCAGGUUUGUAUCUGUUAAGCAAGGAGACUCGCCAAUUGCAAAUCCUGAAAUACACAUUGAGGAAAGAUUUCUUGGUUUCCUGCCAGUUCACAACUCAUCUGGAGAAGGAUUAACAGAGGCAAUUUUGAAUGAGCUUGAAAUGCUGAAGAUACCACUCAGUGAUAUGAGAGGUCAAGGGUAUGAUAAUGGCUCCAACAUGAAGGGAAAGCACUCAGGAGUGCAAAAAAGAAUCAUGGACCUGAACUCACGUGCUUUCUAUGUCCCCUGCAGUGCUCAUUCAUUAAAUCUUGUAGUAAAUGAUGCUGCUAUGUGCUGUAGGGAUGCCAGUACAUUUUUUGGCAUUCUUCAGAAAAUAUAUGUUUUUUUAUCAGGUUCAACAAAUCGAUGGGAUGUUCUAAAAAAGCAUGUGAGUAAGCUGACAGUUAAGCCGUUAUCCGAUACUAGAUGGUCAAGCAGAAUUGAUGCUAUUCGGCCAUUUAGGUUCCAUGUUGGAGAAGUGUAUGGCACCUUAAUUGAAAUCGGAGGUGAUAUGAAUUUUGCUGCUCUUGCAAAAAUUGAGGCUUCAUCCUUGGCAAAAGAGUUAAACAAGUUUAAAUUCUUGUGUUUAAUCAUCCUUUGGUUUAACAUACUAAGUCGAAUUAAUUCUGUCAGCAAAGUUCUUCAAAGCCAGUCCAUUUACUUACCAGAUGUUGUGGAACUUUUGGAAUCAAUCAAGACAAUUUUUCAAUCUUAUCGGACAGAUGAUGGUUUUGAGGAUUUACUUAAAGAAGCAGGAGAGCUAGCAGUGGAAAUGGAAAUAGACCCAGUGUUCCCCCCUCAAGUACAUCAGACGAGGAAAAAAAAAAGGUUGUUUUUGUAUGAGGUUCCAGAUGACCCUAUCUUAGAACCUAAAAAUAAAUUUAAAGUGGAAUGUUUCUUCACAAUAUUAGACACAACAAUAAAAUCUGUACAUGAAAGAUAUGAACAGCUUAAAUUUCAUUCCACGCAUUUUCAAUUUUUGUAUGACAUCCACAAGCUAAAAGAUGUGCAAAAAGAAGACCUCCUGCAGUUCUGCAUGGAAUUGCAGAAUGUCUUAACCGAUGUAAAAUCAAAGGAGUCUGAUGUAGAUGGAAGGCAACUGUGUGAAGAACUUGCUGUAUUGGCUCCUGUUAUAAAACCUACGAUGACACCUGUUGAUAUUUUGGCCUAUGCAGUGAGGAAUGGAUUUGCUCCAAAUGUGGCAAUUGCACUUCGAAUUAUGUUGACCUUACCAAUCACCUUGCCACAGGUGAGUGAAGCUUUUCGAAACUGA